AUGUGCCAGCGAGCACAAGAUAAAGCAUUUUUAGAAGAAUAUACUACGAUUUUCCGGGAAUGGGAAAAAUUGAAUAUAAUUGAAAAGGUAACUGAUAAUAUUGAGACGGGGGACAGUACCACUACAAAAAUCAGACCUGUCUUUGACGCGUCAGCCCGAGAAAGUGGUAAAUGCUCUUUGAACGACCUUUUGUAUAAGGGUCCGAACUUACUAGAAAUAAUUCCAGACAUACUUGAUAGGUUUCGAAUUCAUCCAAUAGGAUUAUCUUCAGAUAUUGAGAAAGCAUUUCUGAUGCUAAGUAUAGCCCCUCAACAUAGAGAUUUCUUGCGGUUUUUUAUCCGUCCGAGAGUGAACAGAUUGUUUACCGACAUCGCAGAGUAG